AUGUCGGUUGGUCAGAAAGAGAGUUCUGGCAAGUUGCGUCAACGUUUUCCAGGCAAAAGCAAUUCUCCAGAAAUUUCUGUCGUUGCAAAUGAAACAGAAGAUUCCAAAAAACAAGAUGGAUCUUCUUUUGCAACGAAAAGAAAAUCCUGCUGUAGCAAUCUUUUUGGAUAUAUCUUGGUCCCUCUUGUUUUGACAAUCAUCGCUGGUUUUGUUCGUACUUGGCACAUCGCCGAUAGUCCCGUGGUAAUUUGGGAUGAAGCACAUUUUGGAAAAUUUGCAUCCUAUUAUCUGAAACAUGAGUUUUAUUUUGACGUCCAUCCUCCUUUGGGAAAAAUGCUCAAUGCAGUCGCCGGAAAAUUGGUGGGUUAUGAUGGUCAAUUUGACUUUGACUCAGGUGCUACAUACCCAGAAGGCAUGAACUAUAAAUUUAUGAGAUUAUGGAAUGCUGUUUUUGGUACCUUUUGCAUCCCUUUGGCUUACUUUUCUGCUACCAAUUUUGGUUACUCUUUUUGGGCUGCUACCUUGGUCGGUCUAAUGAUUGCUCUAGACAAUCAUUUGGCAACCAUCAGUCGCUUCAUUCUGUUGGAUAGCAUGCUCUUAUUUUUCAUUCUUAGCACUUUCUUUUCCCUUUCCCGAUUCCACGUCUACCGCAAGCAACCUUUUUCUUUUUACUGGUUUAAGUGGCUAAUCUUGACUGGUGUUUGCAUUGGUUGCGUAUGUAGCGUAAAACUCGUCGGUCUCUUUAUCACCGCCGUCGUUGGUUUGUACACCGUAGACGAGUUAUUCCGACUCUUAAACGAUAAAAAGGUCUCCUGGACUGCUUAUGCUGGACAUUGGCUGACUAGAAUUAUCUUCCUUAUCAUCAUUCCCUUCUUUAUUUACGCAUUGACAUUCUGGAUUCAAUUUGCAGUUUUGAGCAGGUCGGGUCCUGGUGAUGCACAAAUGCCCUCUCUUUUCCAAGCUCGCCUGGAAGGCUCGCCACUCACCAAAAAUCCCGUUGAUCUUAUGUAUGGAAGUAAAUUCACCCUGAAGAGCAGAAAUUCAGCCGGUGCUUUACUGCACUCCCAUAUCCAGACUUUCCCGGGUGGAAGCAAGCAACAACAAGUCACAGGCUACCAUCACAAAGAUGGAAACAAUGAAUGGAUGUUCCUUCCUGAGCACGGCGUUCACUACGAUUUUGAAGAAAAUGAUCCUAAAAUUCCCAUUAAGGAAGGUAGUCUUGUUCGCCUUGUUCACCCUUAUACAAAUCGUAACCUGCAUACUCAUGACAUCCCUGCUCCUCUAAAUCAACGCAUGUAUGAAGUGUCGGGCUAUGGGUUAGGCGACAUUGGUGAUGAAAAAGACUACUGGCAAGUAAAAAUUAUUUCGGAUUCCGCUCAUAAAGAUAUUGCUUCUGUCCACUCAUUAUCCACCGUUUUCCAAUUGUAUAACCCCGUAAUGGAUUGCUAUUUGAGUUCUUCUACCUCUUCUCUUCCUGCUUGGGGCUUCGGUCAGAUUGAGAUGUACUGCGAUCCUAAUACGGAUGCCAAAAAUAUUAAUACCCAUUGGAAUGUUGAGGAGCACAUAAAUCCUCGUCUCCCGGAAGGAAGUUUGGAUGAUUAUCCUAAUUCGUUUUGGAGUGACUUCUUUCACCUGAAUCGUGCAAUGUUGCGCGCCAAUAACGGUCUUGUUCCCGAUGAGGAUAAACUUGACGCUCUUCGUAGCGAUGCCUACCAGUGGCCUUUCUUAUUAGCUACCUUACGUAUGUGUGGUUGGGGAGACGACCAAAUCAAGUAUUUGUUGAUCGGUAAUCCAUUCGCAUACUGGUUUGCUACGGCCAGUUUGUUUGGUUUCGUUUUAUUUGUUGUUGGAUCCGUUCUCAGCUGGCGCCGUCACGCUUUACAAUGGAAUUCAAAGAAAUUUGAUAUGGUUCACUUUGCAGGUGUCUACCCCUUUUUGGGUUGGUUUAUGAAUUAUCUACCUUACUACAUUAUGGGACGAGUCUUAUAUGUGCAUCAUUAUGAACCCUCGUAUGCCUUCUCAGCUUUUAUCGCUAGCUUUAUGGUAGAUUGGUUUGCUAGAAAGCUGCCUCAUGCUGCUCGUAUUACAGUUUAUUUAUUGCUUUAUGUCGUUGUAACUGCUGUCUUUAUUUAUUUCAAGGAUGUUACUUUUGGUAUGCAUGGUCCCUCUUCGAAGUUUCAGCAUCUACGCUGGCUCAAGUCUUGGAAUGUCUAUGACUAG